CCAGGGUUACAAUGGGCUAGCCACAGCCACUGUGAGGUCUGGUAGGCUUCGUUCGUCGCGCGUGCCAAAUGGCGAGGUGGAUCUGGCGAGGGGUACGCGACACCGUUUGUCGCGCCUUGUAGUCACCACCCUGCUCCAUUCAUUGUGGUCCGCUAGUUUGCGUAACGUCAUGCGUAUGCAUCGUCCAUAAAGCCUGCAACUCCAGCAGAUCUGUUCCAACAAGUUCCUCUUCCUCAAGUCUCCGACAGCCUUGCUCUAUCACAACAAAUCACUACUUGAUCCCCAACCUCAACAUGAGUUUCCACUAUUCCGCCGAGAAUAUCCGCAUCGACGAUGGCCACAUCCUAAGGGCCCGCCUUCAGAGGGUUGACGGGGAGUGGAAUGACUCGGAGAUUGAUCUCGACAACCACCUUGGCAAUGACAACGGCUACUUCCAGUGGGAUGGCGUAGGCUUUUCGGGCUCGGCGCAGAACGUCGAGUUCUCUAUCGAAGGAGAUGGUUCGGUUCCUGUCCUCCGCGCCACGCUUACCGACGGCGAGGGCAACGGCCAGACCCGCGAUGUUAACCUAAGUGAGCGCGUCGCCAAUAACGAUGGCAAUUUCGUGUACAACUGAAAGGUCGAUGUCGACGUACGUACUGGGCUGCCUGGUUAGAGACGAGCUACACGAAUGAAAUGCCCACAUUUGCUGCACCCGUGCGACCUCCCUUUGCUGAGACACAAACCCACUGCAAAAUUGCCCUUUCGGAACGGACGUAUCAUCUCUUCCACAUUUGCCCUCGCCAGCUAAUCACAAUUACGAUCCAUGCCGAUUCACGUUCCCUCCAUCACCAUUCUUUCGUGGUUUUGUACCCAUUUCCGUUCAAUCACUGACAUUCUUAUUAACGCUACUAAUGAAGAUUA